AUGACUAACCAAAUCCGUAUUGGUAUCGUUGGUGGUGGUCUCGCCGGCAUCACGGUAGCCAUUGCCUUAGUGAAGCAUCCUCAUGUGGAUGUUCAAGUUUACGAGUCGGCUCCCAAAUUCAUAGAGCGUGGCGCUGGAAUUGGGCUCUCCCCUAUAACACUCGAGGCGCUCGGCGAUAUCAUUCCCUCCGCGGUUGAUUUCCUGAAGACUCACGCGGGAGCUGUAGAAAUCGAUGCAGCCCGCCUUGUAGUUGGUUCGGGGCCCGGGGCCGGUACCCUCAUCUCUGAUCUCGGAGUCGCCGCCGGCGUCACGUUGAAUCGCGCCCCACUUCUACAAGCGCUUCUUUCCCUUCUACCCGGGAACAUGCUUCAUGCCGCGAAGCGCGUGAGAUCGCUGGAGCAAAGCGAUUCCGGCGUCACAGUCGCUUUCGAAGACGGCACUGACGCUCACUUCGAUGCUGUUAUCGGGGCAGACGGUAUUUUCAGCUCCAUCCGAAAUUUUGUCGUGGGAGAGAAACCAGAAAAGUACGCCGCCUCUCCUGCUGGGUGGUGGGAUUGUAGACAUUUAGUGCCUUUUGAGAAGGCAAAGACGGCGCUCGGAGAUGAGUCCUUCAAGGUCGAUCGCCAGUACGCCUGGCUUGGUGAUGGCGCAGCCAUGCUACAUGGCAUUGUCGAGAACGGAACAAUGGUCCAAUGCAUUAUAGCAGUCAUUGACAAAAACCUCUCAACCGACCGAAAGAGAAAAGUCACAAGACAGGUUCUUCAGGAUGCGCUGCCCGCAAGUUGGUAUGAGGGUACCGUGGCUAAGGGUAUGGUCGAGCUCAUCUUGGAUCAAGAAGACCCAAAGGGUUAUGCUAUUUGGGAACAUAAAUUCACGCCUACGUAUGCGAACAAUCAAGUCUGCAUUGUCGGCGAUGCAGCCCAUACAACAUCUCCUUGGCAAAGUGCUGGGGCCGGAAUGGCUAUUGAGGACGCUUUCAUCCUUGGUCACCUUCUUGGGGACAUAUCAUCCGUACAAGAGGUAAAUGCCGCAUUUAGAGCGUUCGAUGCCUUGAGGCGGCCUAGAUGUCAGCGGGUCAUUGAUACCGGUAGAAAGACAGGUCAUCUUUUCUGUGGCCAAGAUGAGGUUGCUGGACUCGAUGCAAGGAAAUUGAACGAAUCACUAGGUCAAACGUUCGCUCAUGUUGGUUCCCUUAACCUAGAAUCGCAUAAAAAUGACGCUUUGAAGACAAUGCGUGCAUUCCUAGCUAGUUGA